AUGCGGAGAUUUGAAAACAAUGGAUGUCCUAUCUGCGUAAACCCUGGUAGACUUGUUGUGCGCAAUGAACUACGCAACCUCAACUAUACUUUGGGCAUGCUGAACAUCUUCAAUGAGCGCCGAAUUAGCUCGGGCAAUAGUUCGGUGUUUCUUUUGUUUGUUGGAUAUCUCGUAUUUAUAGUAGGUCUAACUGCUGGAGCAUUGCAGUAUAUUAUUGUUAUGAAUAUACAAGGCAUGCGCUGUAUAGUGGCUAGUCUUGAACUGUCGGUUAAGUACAUCUGUGGGUUUGCCAGUGUAUUUAUAAUCGGCUGGGCACUAGCACAGCUUUGGUUUGAACUUACACCACUAACGGCAAUAUACAUUCUGGUUUAUUCCUGUGUCUUGAACACAUUUCUUUCCUUUGCGUACAUUAUCCUGCGCUGUUACUUCAUAACGUAUAUUUGCCACUACUUCACUCCGCCAUUGAUUAUGCCCAGUUCAUUGGCUGAGUGGGGAAGUAAAUGGAAGAUUAUUAUCCAGGAGAUAAACCAAGCCUUUCUGAUCGAUGGUUGCAAUAGUAAUAUCAGUAGUGGCUCCUGUACGAUCUUUUCUGAUUGUAUUGUUUUUCUUCUGAUACUAUCUUCUUUCACGUACAUAUCCAUGAUUUACUUUCAAAUGGCCGUUGGUCUUACCUACUACAAAAGCAAGGUUAACCAACUCCAAUCAAAGACUAUGGCCGGCAUCUUCUGCCUCCUUAAUCUAACCCUAUUCCUAACUAUUAAGAUGUCCUGGCACUUUAUAAAUGCAUAG